GGCUGCGGGGGGGGGGGGUGAGGGUCUGGAGGAGGCAGGGAGAACGGGGCUGGCCCGGCACGGCACGGGAGAGCCGGGAGGGAGGAGGGGUGGCAUUUGGCCGCAUCACCUGCCCCGGGGCUCCAUCACAUCCCAUCACACCCGGCAGGACAGGGACAGCCCCCUCCCCCGGGAAGGAGAUCCGGCUCGCUGGGCUCCUGCGCUCGCUGCUGUCUGGGGCCGGACCCCCACGCUCCCUGCUCCCUGUGCCUGCAGCGGCAGCAGCUUCCAAAGCCGACCCCCAACCUGGACUUCUAGCUCUCUGGGGGCCUGAAAGAGUUAAUCCAGACCUUGGCGGGAGCAGCAGGGUGCCCGGGCUGCUGCAAGGGAAGCUCCAGGCCAGGAGGCAGGUGCAGGAGGGGGCGGCCAGGCCAGAGCUGCUGGGGCGCCGAGGAGCUGAGCGUGACCGCGCAGCCGCCCGCCCGCCGGCCGCAGGCUGCCUCGGCGUUCACUGGAUGUGACAGGCUCUAGAGAGGAGCUUUGUGCGAGGCCGCGGGCUGCCGGGCUGUGCAUGCAUGCGUGUGGAUGCGUGUGGAUGUGUGCGCGCCCGUGUGUCCCUGCACACUGCCCGUCCUCGCCAAGGCUGGGCAGCUGAAGGAAGGGCCUCCCCUUUCCCCUGACCACCGGCUGGCAGGGACCUGCAGGCCAUGAGGACCGGCCCACGACGGUGAGAGGCGCGGUGCUGGUCCUGGUUCCGACCCGGGCCCGAAGCGGAUGUCUGCAUGGCUGCCUUGCUGAUGCCCCGCAGGAGCAAAGGGAUGCGCACGCGCCUGGGGUGCCUGUCGCACAAGUCGGACUCCUGCAGCGACUUCACGGCCAUCCUUCCCGACAAACCCAGUCGCGCUCUCAAGAGACUGUCCACGGAAGAGGCGGCGAGGUGGGCGGACUCGUUCGACGUGCUCCUGGCACACAAGUAUGGAGUGGCCGCCUUCCGCGCCUUCCUCAAGACGGAGUUCAGUGAGGAGAACCUGGAGUUCUGGCUGGCCUGCGAGGACUUCAAGAAGACGCGGUCGGCGGCCAAGCUGGCCUCCAGGGCCCACAGGAUCUUCGAGGAGUUUGUGGACGUGCAGGCCCCACGGGAGGUGAACAUCGACUUCCAGACCCGAGAGGCCACGAGGAAAAACAUGCAGGAGCCCUCGCUCACCUGCUUUGACCAAGCCCAGGGCAAGGUGCGCAGCCUCAUGGAGAAGGACUCCUACCCCCGGUUCCUGAGGUCCCAGCUGUACUUGGACUUGCUGUCCCAGAGCCAGAGGAGGCUCAGCUAGACCGCAGCAGGAAGCCUCGGCUCCCCCUGGAGCCCACAGCGCCGAGCUCCCUCCCCAGCCCCCUCUGUGCUGGCUUGGCUCGCCCCUGCCCUGGGUCACCGCCCCUGCCAGGUGGAGCUGCCCUGCUGUUUCGCAGGUGCGUCUCCCACAGCCUCCCCCUCUUCCCACCCUGCUCACUUAGGCUCCUGAGGAACUGGGCCUGCCCAGGGAGGGGCCCCACGGCCUGGACAGAGGCCCCCCGGGAGCCCCAGCUUCUCCCACUGUGGCGGCCGGUGGCCUGGGCAGACCACCUCCAGGGAGCCGGCUCUCUCCUGAGCGGCCCAGGGCCGAGGUCUUCGCCCAGGACCACACGAGACUCCCCUCCUCGGCGUCCCCGUGAGGGUCUUGGGAGGCGUCCUUUGUGACCUCUGACCUAUACAGCUGCCCUUGUCAAGACACGGCUUGGACAAUCCCAUCCCGUCCCCGGGCUGUACCGGGAGCCUUUCCCGUGGCACCUGCAGACUGGCAAAGCUGCCUGGGGUCUCCCAGGACACGGCGGUGAGGGCCAGGGCCCAGUAGCUCCCAGGGGCCCAAGGCUCCCCCGUCUGUCCACUCCUCAUACAGCGGCUGGACCCCCUCCGCUUUGCUCCCGGGAGCGCACUGGGGAAGGCCCCUUUUGACCUCCGGCCUUCGGGACGUGUGGCCAAGGCGCCCGUGAGCCACCCUGGAAGGACGCUCUUCCCGGAGGAUGGCUGAGUACACAGGGGCCGCCCCAGGAGCUCAGGAGAUGCUGAUGGUGGCACAGGGAGUGGAGACCAGGCGUGGAGGACGAGCCGGGACCAAGCCAGUCUCCGGGGGACUGAGUCGCAGAGGACAUGGUGGUGGCACCCAGGAGCCCUCGGGCAACGCCUCCAGCCGGGCAGAAAGGAUCCGUGGCUGGGCGCCAGCCCUGGGCUGCAGUGAAGCCCUCCCGCCACAGGUGGCGCCGGUGUGCCGCUUCCUUCCUUGGCCUCAGCUGGACAAGGCCACGGAGGCCCCCAGUGCCACGGUGUUAGGGUCACGGUCAGCUGGCGUGAGGGCUGGCGAGUGGGCGUGCACUGAGGUGUGGAGGGCGCCCCCUCCCUGCUGCCCCUGCCCUGCAGCCCCAGGGGGCCUCCCGGUUGCACAGGUAAGGACCGGCCUUGGCUGAGCUGAGCGGCUGGAAGUGAUUAAAUUCUGACAGGGUGUGUUACACAUUGUUCACAUGCAAAUGGGCGGCUGCACUGCCUGUGAGGCCCACGUGGACCGGACUGCAGACUCAGGCCCGGGGCCAUCCCCAGGAGGAGUGUCUGAACUUGGGGCUCAGCGUUCCGCCAGUGACUGUGGGCGGCCUCCCUGUGCCCAGCGCCUCCCUCACUCCACGAGGCAUGUGCGCGUGUGCGCGCGUGUCGGCGUGCCGAGGAGCGUGGUGGCUCCUCUCAGGGCCUCCCAAGGAGCAUGUGGGACAGUGGCCAGCAUCAGGACUUCCUGGGGUGUGGGGCUCCCCACUGCCACGCCCCACUCCCCCCCAGCUGCCUCGCCCUGCUCCACCCCCACCCCCCAAGCUGCCUCGCCCUGCCCCACUCCUCCCCACGGCCUCACCCCACUCCCCCCACUGCUGCUUCACUCUGCUCUACCCCUACCCCCCAGCUGCUUCUCCCUGCUCCACCCCCUACCCACCCCAUCUGCCUCACCCUGCUCCACCCCCUACCCCCCCAGCUGCCUCGCCCUGCGCCACCUCUACCCCCCCAGCUGCCUCGCCCUGCGCCACCCCUACCCACUCCAGCUGCCCUCGCCCUGCUUCCCGCAGAAGGCCCAGGGGUCUUGGAUGCCCACUUCUGGACGCUGCGGUCUGUGGUCCAGCCCAGAGCGGUGUCCACAGCAUCUAGUGCAAUACGCAGCGUGCCCACGUCCCGGGCCCCAGGCCCUGUCCCCCACAUCAGCACCCAGGCUACCUCCAUCAGCGUCUUCCUCCGCUCGACCGCUGAGCUUGGCUGUGGACUGCUUCCCGGAUGCCGCGUUUGCUCGGCCCCUGGGGCCUGUGUGGGGCUGAGCGAGCUCGGGCAGCGCCCUGGGCACGGCUGUGACCCAAGACCUCAGGGCCCACCCCGCAGAGCUGCCCUCGGCCUGCAGGCCCCUGGGGCACGAGGACCCGCUGGGUGGCUGUUUCAGGAGAGCCCGUUGCCCGUUCAGGCCCCGGACCCUAACCCAGAGACACUGAGGGCCAGAGCUGGGUGGGCCCAGGAACGCGGAUCUCUCCUGGGCUUCCGGUGGGCAGGGGGCUUUGAACAAACGAUCUGAAAUGGAGCUCAGGACCUCGGCUGACCCUGGAGUCCCCUGGCAGGUCACAGCGAGCGUCCAGGUGCCACAGGUGGACCAGACUGGGGGCCUCGAGGGUGAGGGACACAGCUGGGGCUGGCGUGUCACCGGCCGGGGCUCAGACAGGGACUGGAUUCCCUGGGACUCCCGGAAGCUGCCGCUUAGAGCAAACCAAAGCCCGGAAGUGGCAUCCCUCGGACUUUGGGCGCCAUGUGAACCCGAGGCGGCCCAGUCACGCUGGGCCAUGGAGGACAGGGUGGGAAGGUGAGACCUGGGCUCACGCGGCAGCUGAGCCUCCGUGUGCACGGGAUCAGGGGGCGGCACCAGGACUGCGCCGGCCCUGUCUGCGGCAGGCAGAGGAGCCACGGUGUCCUCCCCAAGGCCAUCCCGCCCGUGCCGCACAGCUGCACCCCCCGGAGCAGGAGCAGGAAGAGGGGCCAGGCCGCUCCGGCACACACAGCCCCCGCCACGUGCCACGGAGCAUGAGCCUCUGCAGGAGGGAGCCACCUCUCAGGACUGCCCACGCUGCUGCGACCCGGACGGCGGACGGUGGACAUGGAGUGGGGUCACCGGCCUCCGGGGUGGGGUGCAGCUUCCGCUCUUGCCCUCACUCCUGCCCCGGGUCGCCUAGGACUUGUCUUCCCAAAGCUCACACAGAUGUCCCAGUGCCCCGAGCCCUCCUGCUCCCCAGCAUGGCAGAGGGGGCCGGUGGCGCCCGGCUGAGCCGCGGCCCGCACCCCGCUGCCUCCUUCCGACCAGGCUGUGAAUACAAUAAACGGAGCUGGAGCCGGAGCCGGCCCUGGCCCUCUGCCCACACUUCUGGCCGCCUGACUCUUCACGGACACGUGGGCUCCUCGCCGCGGCUGCACGGGGCCGGCCGCCAGCAAGGCAGGGCUGUGGGUGGCUUCGGGUUAUGAGAGCGGCUUGGAAGCCGUGAAGAGCGCCUCACCCCAGGUGCGUUUUUAUUAGCGCCGCCUACGGCCUGAGCGCCGGGGAGAGAUGACUCGGAUGACUCGUCCCCGUGUGCGGCGGGUCCCCGUGCUCCGCGGCAGGCACCGGGAAGCGCACAGGCGGGCGGGGCCCCUGUCUGUCGGCUGGGCUGCGGGUGACAAAGGCUGGAUCCUCUCCCGGUUUAGGACGCUCCCAGGCAGGCAGGCCAGACUUUGAAGAGUCCUUCGGGUUCAAUGAAAGGGCCUUUUGUUAUGCAAAUGACCGCCCCUGUUCCCGGGCUGCUGGUGUGGGGAUGGGGCGUGCGCAGUGCACACCCGGC